AUGCUCACCACUAUACCACCAACGCUGCACAGCCCGGGCCGCCCCGGACGCCGGCCCAGGCUCCGCACCAGCGCCUCCUCGCCCUCUCGCCACCGCCUCCGCCGCCUGCCGCAAGCCCUGCCCCGACCGGUGCCGGCCGGCCGCAGCUCUGCGCCGUCGCGGGCGCCACCAGAGCGGGCCGCCCGGCGCCCCACCCGCGCCACCCCCCACGCAGCCCUGGCUGCUCCCGCAGGCACGAAACGACCCGCCCGCCGCCUCCGCCGCCCGCCUCUGGGGGGCGCUCUCGCCGCCCUGCGGCUCCCGGGCCCUCGGCUGCCCGCCGGGGAGCCCCGCCCCUUGCCCCCUGCCCCCGUGCGCGACCGCCACUGUGCCCCGGGUCGCACGUCCACACCCGUCCCAUACCCCCCGCACCUGCCUCGUCAGCUGCGCACAAAGAAUCAGUCCCCCCGUCCCUACUCUUCUUCUCGCCCGCCUUCCCCUCCGGACCCGCCCCGGCCCCCGCCCCCGCCCAGCCGCGCGGGAUGGCGGCGGGAGAAGACCGCCCGACCGGCAAGCAUGGCUGCGCGAGCGAGCCGGAGGGCCCCGCGCCGGGGAUGGGCCGCGGCUGGCGGCGGGGGCGGCGUGGGUGUCCGGACGCCGGCAGCAGGGUGCGCGCCCCGGGAAGGGGGAGGGGGCGGCGGCGAGGACCGCGGCGAGGGCGGCGGCGCCAGCAGAUCUCCCCUGGAGGCGUGGGUUCGAAUCCCACUCCUGACACGCCCACCUUUUGGCCCGCCCAACGCGGGCUCUCCGCACCCGGGCCUGGACGACGCCCUGUCUGUCCCGCCUUACACGCCGCUGGCUGCGGCUGCGGGCUGCGGGCUGCGGGCUGGCGGCGCCCUGGCACACGUGGCCCGGGGACCCACGCAGCUGCAGCGCCUCGGCCCUCCCGGCCACAGGCUUGGCGCCCCCCGCGCCCAUCCCUCCCCCGCCACCUCCCGCGCCCUCUCCUCCAUCCUCAUCCCACGGCGGCCGGCGGGCCUCGGCAACUCGGCAAGUCGGCGGCACGGCUCUCCGGGGGCUCCGUUUGCCCUCUUCCUUCCCGCCGCCGCCCCCUGCAGGCCAGCCGCGGGCCGAAAUGCCGGCAAGCCCCGCGCGGGCCGGGCCACGCUCCCACUGAGGGGCGCGCCUCGCUCGCCUCCUCGCUCUCCCAGCCCCGCCCUACACCUCCCCCCCGCCCGCCGCCGGGAGCGCGGGGGUCCCCCACGGCCUGUCCUUUCCGCCGGCCCCCAUUCAUUCCGUGGUCUCCACCCCCUCCGUCCCCGGGGCGCCCACGAGGCGUGGCCACCCGGAGGCCUCACCACGGCCACACGCCCGCCAGGCGGGCAGCCGAGCCCUCCGCGCGCCAGCCAGAGACGGGACCCCCGCCCCGUUCGCUGGGCCUGGCCCGGGGGGGGCGGGGUGGGGUCCACCCCGCCGUGGUGGCUCCGGGGAGCCCUGAGCGCAAGGCAGCCCUGCCUCCCCGGGCCCCCUCCGCGCCGGAAGCCGCUGCGGGGGCCGGGGCUCCAGGACGCCAGCGCGCUCCCUCACCGCGCCGCCCGCCAGCCAGCCAGCCGGCGGCCGCUCCGCCCAGCGCACCUGCCGGCCUCACCCCCACCGCAGCCCAGCCGGCCCCGACGGAUAGCUGCGGGGCAGAGCUCACACGCCUUUCUUUGGCCUCUUGGCUUGGGCGCUACUCUCGGCGGCCCCCAUCUCCGACGACGACACCGACGCCGACACGCCACACACGCGCACCCACACCCCCCCCCCCCCACCCCGCGGCACCCCGGGAGCGCACACAAUCCGAUCUCCGGGCCCCAUCCGGCCCCCGCCGCGCGCACUGCACGGGCCGGAGAGCCAUCCGCCCAUGGGCCUUCGGGGGGGCGCCGGAGGGAAGGGAAGGUCCGCGCUGAGCUGCGCCGGCCACAGACGCCCCCGCGCUGCCUGGGAAUCGGGCGCGGGUCAGGCUUGGCCCAGGCUUGCUCCUCCCGGCAGGACAGUGGUCUGGCGGCGGGCCCCGCCCCAGGGAGAGGGCGCAGGGUGAGCCGAGUCCGCCUCGGGGCCUCGCUGGGACCGUGGGCGCCGCGCGCCGGCCCGAGCCCGAGCCCGAGCCCGAGCCCGAGCCCUCGGCGCAUCUGCACGGGCGCGGAGCCUGUCUUGCAGACCGCGGGCCCGCCGCCCGCCCCCGCGCAGCGGGUGCUCACCACUGGCCGUGCCGGGACGACGACGAGCGCCGCUGGGGAAGCCGUCUGGUGGCCGCCGCCACCGGUGCAUGGGUGGUUCAGUGGUAGAAUUCUCCGCCUGCCACGCGGGAGGCCCGGGUUCGAUUCCCGGCCCAUGCAGCGCGCCGCCCCCUUUUGGCCGCGCGCGCCCGGCUUCCUCGCGCACGCGCUCAAGCCACAGGGCCUGAGCCUGAACCAGCUGUGCUCACGCCGGGGGCCCUGCCCUCCUGCCCCGCCCCGCUUCCCCCUGCCGACUUGUCUGUUCUGGUCUCUCGCCCGUGGCCGCCAGCCCUGGCCGCCACGCUCCACCCGGCUGCCCGCCCCCUGCCGCCCGACGUGGCCCAGGUCCCUUGCCCGGCCCACGUUGUCCUUGCCCUUUUUCUCUCCAUGA